AUGCUUGUUUGGGGCAAUGUUAAAUGUUACCGCAGUUUUAUGCAUUGCUACCAUUUAUGUUCGUUAUAAACAAGUUCAAGCUCUGAAUCCUGAAGAAAAUCGUAUCAUCAGAUUGAACAAAGCUGGCCUUGUGCUUGGAUUACUGAGUUGCUUGGGACUUUCUAUUGUGGCAAACUUCCAGUGCUGAUUUGCUCAUCACUUUUGUACAAUGGCAAUUUUGGCACUGAUAUAGUGCAGAAACUCCAUUGGAACCCUGAGGACAAAGGUUAUGUGCUUCACAUGAUCACUACUGCAGCAGAAUGGUCCAUGUCAUUUUCCUUCUUUGGUUUUUUCCUAAGUUACAUCUGUGAUUUUCAGAAAAUAUCUUUACAGGUGGAAGCCAAUUUACAAGGAUUAACCCUCUAUGACACUGCUCCUUGCCCUAUUAACAAUGAACGAACUCGACUACUUUCCAGAGAUUUAUGAUGAAGGGAUCAAAUAUUUCUGUGAUGAUUAUGAUUCUCAGGGAUUGAGGAAACAUUCACAAAGCUACUUAUUCUGCUCAGAAAUUUUCAACCAAUUAAUCAAGGCUGACAUAGACAUUGAUGAAUACUGAUAAUCAAGAGAUGUGAAAUAAGCCAUUUGUUAAGUUAUUUUAAAGGAUAUCAUCAGGAGGACCAUGUAAACAUGCCUAUACUUUUUUAUUCCAGAAAAUAAAACCAAAGGACUACAA